AUGAAUCUCGUAAAAAAUGAUGGAAGCUUACGGAUUGAUGGACAGUUUGUAGCCACUAACAUCAACAUGUCCCAUGACUGGUGUCUCUGUCGUGAGAUCCGUGGCAUGUUCAGAAAAGAUGGAAAUGUGAUAUGCAGCUUCCGAGGAACUGUUCCACAAGGCUUGGUCCUGGAACUAGGUGAAACUGUCCAGAUCCUGGAGAAAUGUGAAGGUUGGUACAGAGGUGUGUCCAUUAAGAAGCCCAGUGUCAAGGGGAUUUUUCCUGCAAAUUAUAUUCACUUGAAAAAGGCAAUUGUCAGUAACAGAGGGCAAUAUGAAACAGUUGUUCCUCUUGAAGAUUCUGUGGUGACUGAAGUCACAGCGACGCUGCAGGAAUGGGCCGUGCUCUGGAAACAGCUGUAUGUGAAACAUAAGGUAGAUCUUUUCUACAAGCUGCGGCAUGUGAUGAAUGAGCUCAUUGACCUCCGCAGGCAGCUGCUCUCGGGCCACCUGACCCAGGAUCAGGUGCGAGAGGUCAAGAGACACCUCACAGUGAGGCUGGACUGGGGCAAUGAACAUUUGGGCCUUGACUUAGUUCCACGGAAGGACUUCGAGGUUGUGGAUUCAGAUCAGAUCAGUGUUUCAGACCUUUAUAAAAUGCAUUUGUCAAGUAGACACAGUGUCCAGCAGAGCACGUCACAGGUGGACACGAUCCGUCAGCGGCAUGGGGAAGCCUGUCGGAUGCCAGUGCCUCAUCACUUCUUCCUCAGCCUGAAGAGCUUCACCUACAACACCAUUGGAGAGGACACAGACGUCUUUUUUUCUUUGUACGAUGUCCGGGAAGGCAAACAGAUCAGUGAGAGGUUCAUGGUGAGGUUAAACAAGAACGGGGGCCCCAGGAAUCCAGAGAAGAUCGAUCGCAUGUGUGCACUUUUCACAGAUCUCAGCAGCAAGGACAUGAAGAGGGAUUUGUACAUAGUUGCUCAUGUAAUCCGAAUAGGCCGCAUGUUGCUCAAUGACUCCAAGAAAGGCCCCCCACAUUUGCACUAUCGGCGCCCCUACGGCUGCGCAGUGCUGAGUAUCAUGGAUGUGCUCCAGUCCAUCUCUGAAAUCAAGGAAGAGAAGGACUUUGUGCUCAAAGUUUACACGUGUAACAAUGAAAACGAAUGGUGCCAGAUCCAUGAAAAUAUCAUCCGCAAGUCCAGCACCAAAUACACAGCCCCCAGCUCCAACUAUGGACUUAUAAUAUCUCUUCAGCUUCUUCGUGGCGACAUGGAGCAGAUCCGAAGGGAAAACCCCAUGAUCUUUAACAGAGGCGUUUCUGUCACCAGGAAGCUGGGAUUUCCUGAUGUCAUAAUGCCAGAGAUGAAGAUUGUUGGGUGUGACAUCCGGAAUGACCUGUACCUGACCCUGGAGAAGGGGGACUUCGAACGGGGUGGCAAAAGUGUGCAGAAGAACAUCGAGGUGACCAUGUAUGUGCUCUAUGCUGACGGAGAAAUCCUGAAGGACUGCAUCAGCCUGGGCUCGGGGGAGCCGAGCAGGAGCGCCUACCACUCCUUUGUGCUGUACCACAACAACAGCCCGCGCUGGGGGGAGAUCAUCAAACUGCCCAUCCCCAUCGACCGCUUCCGCGGCUCCCACCUGCGCUUCGAGUUCCGCCACUGCUCCACAAAGGACAAGGGAGAAAAGAAGCUCUUUGGUUUUGCAUUCACCCCAUUGAUGAGAGAUGAUGGCACGACCUUGUCGGAUGAUAUCCAUGAGCUUUAUGUUUAUAAGUGUGAUGAGAACAGCACGUUCAACAACCACGCGCUGUACCUGGGGCUGCCCUGCUGCAAGGAGGAUUACAACGGCUGCCCCAACAUCCCCUCCAGCCUCAUCUUCCAGCGCAGCACCAAAGAGACCUUCUCAGUCUCCACACAGCUCUCUUCUACCAAACUGACCCAGAAUGUGGAUCUGCUUGCCCUGCUCAAAUGGAAAGCUUACCCAGAUCGAGUGAUGGAUAUUCUGGGAAGACUGAGACAUGUCAGUGGCGAGGAGAUUGUUAAGUUCUUACAAGAUAUUCUGGACACAUUGUUUGUAGUUUUGGAUGACAACACAGAGAAGUACGGUCUGUUGGUGUUUCAGUCUCUGGUGUUCAUCAUCAACCUGCUCCGUGACAGCAAGUACUUCCACUUCCGCCCUGUGAUGGACACCUACAUCCAGAAGCACUUUGCAGGAGCUCUGGCUUACAAGGAGCUGAUCCGUUGUCUGAAGUGGUACAUGGACCGCUCGGCCGAGCUCGUGCGCCAGGACCACAUCCAGGAGGCAAUGAGAGCCUUGGAAUAUCUUUUCAAGUUCAUUGUCCAAUCUCGGAUCCUUUACUCCAGAGCUACUUGUGGAAUGGAGGAGGAGCAGUUCCGCUCCAGCAUCCAGGAGCUUUUCCAGUCCAUCAGAUUUGUGCUCAGCUUGGACAGCAGGAGUUCUGAGACUCUCAUCUUCACACAGGCUGCCCUGCUGAACUCCUUCCCUGCCAUCUUUGACGAGCUGCUGCAGAUGUUCACGGUGCAGGAGGUGGCGGAGUUUGUGCGGGGCACGCUGGGCAGCAUGCCCAGCACGGUGCACAUCGGCCAGUCCAUGGACGUGGUGAAGCUCCAGUCCAUCGCCCGCACUGUCGACAGCCGCCUCUUCUCCUUCUCAGAGUCCCGGCGCAUCCUGCUGCCUGUAGUCCUUCACCACAUUCACCUUCACCUACGACAGCAGAAGGAACUGCUUAUCUGCUCUGGGAUUCUCAGUAGUAUCUUCUCCAUAAUCAAGACCAGUUCUUUGGAGGGAGAUGUCGUGGAGGAGGUUGAGAUGAUGGUGGAGAGCCUCCUGGACGUGCUGUUACAAACUCUGCUCACAAUCAUGAGUAAAUCGCAGUCUCAGGAGGCGGGAGAAUAUGUCUCCUGCCUUUUAUCUUUGCUUCGUCAGAUGUCAGACACUCACUUCCAGCACUUACUGGACAACUUCCAAAGCAAGGAUGAACUGAAGGAGUUCCUCCUGAAGAUCUUCUGUGUGUUUCGGAACCUGAUGAAGAUGAGUGUCUUUCCUCGAGACUGGAUGGUGAUGAGGCUGCUCACCAGCAAUAUCAUAGUUACAACAGUUCAGUACUUGUCUUCUGCCCUGCAUAAGAAUUUCACAGAAACGGACUUCGAUUUUAAAGUGUGGAACUCUUAUUUCAGCCUGGCAGUUUUGUUUAUAAACCAGCCGAGUCUCCAACUAGAAAAUGCUACACCACCUAAGAGGAAGAAGAUUCUGGAUAAGUAUGGUGAUAUGAGAGUGAUGAUGGCCUAUGAGCUCUUCAGCAUGUGGCAGAACCUGGGGGAGCACAAGAUUCACUUUAUUCCGGGAAUGAUUGGCCCCUUUCUGGGUGUUACACUUGUACCACAACCAGAAGUCCGGAAUAUCAUGAUCCCAAUCUUCCAUGACAUGAUGGACUGGGAGCAGAGAAAGAAUGGCAACUUCAAACAGGUGGAAGCCGAGUUGAUCGAUAAGCUGGACAGCCUGGUGUCCGAAGGAAAAGGUGAUGAGAACUACAGGGAACUCUUCAGCCUGCUUUUGCUGGAGAAGAUUGAGCAGGAAACCUGGCGGGAGACUGGAAUCUCUUUUGUCACAUCCGUCACUCGUCUCAUGGAGCGUCUGCUCGACUACAGGGACUGUAUGAAAGGAGAUGAAACAGAAAACAAGAAGAUUGGCUGCACUGUUAACCUUAUGAAUUUCUACAAAUCUGAAAUUAACAAGGAGGAGAUGUACAUCCGCUAUAUCCACAAGCUGUGUGACAUGCACCUGCAGGCUGAGAACUACACAGAGGCUGCAUUCACUUUGCUUUUGUACUGUGAGUUGCUUCAGUGGGAGGACAGACCUCUGAGAGAGUUCCUGCAUUACCCAUCUCAGUCAGAGUGGCAACGUAAGGAAGGUCUGUGCCGUAAGAUUAUCCAUUACUUCAACAAAGGGAAGAGCUGGGAGUUCGGCAUCCCGCUGUGCCGAGAACUGGCCAUCCAGUACGAGAGCCUCUAUGAUUACCAGAGCCUCAGCUGGAUCCGGAAAAUGGAAGCUACCUAUUAUGACAAUAUCAUGGAACAGCAGCGCUUAGAACCAGAGUUUUUCAGAGUUGGUUUCUAUGGUCGAAAAUUCCCAUUUUUCCUGCGGAACAAAGAAUAUGUGUGUCGGGGCCACGACUAUGAGAGGCUGGAAGCCUUCCAGCAGAGGAUGCUGAGCGAGUUCCCUCAAGCCAUCGCAAUGCAGCACCCAAACCACCCCGAUGACUCCAUAUUGCAGUGUGAUGCCCAGUAUUUACAGAUCUAUGCAGUGACUCCUAUCCCAGACAAUAUAGACGUGCUGCAAAUGGACCGCGUCCCUGAUCGCAUCAAGAGCUUUUACCGCGUCAACAACAUCCGCAAGUUCCGCUACGACAGACCCUUCCACAAGGGCCCCAAGGACAAAGAGAAUGAAUUUAAGAGCUUGUGGAUUGAACGCACCACUCUGACCCUGACUCACAGUUUGCCUGGGAUCUCUCGUUGGUUUGAAGUGGAGAGAAGAGAACUGGUUGAAGUAAGUCCUUUGGAAAACGCCAUUCAAGUGGUUGAGAACAAAAACCAGGAGCUGAGGACACUGAUAAGCCAGUACCAGCAUAAACAAAUGCAUGGCAACAUUAAUCUUCUCAGCAUGUGUCUGAAUGGAGUGAUUGAUGCCGCCGUUAACGGGGGAAUUGCACGGUACCAGGAGGCCUUUUUUGAUAAGGAUUAUAUCACAAAGCACCCUGGAGAUGCAGAGAAGAUCACCCAGCUCAAGGAACUCAUGCAGGAACAGGUACAUGUCCUAGGAGUGGGUCUGGCAGUCCAUGAGAAAUUUGUACACCCUGAAAUGCGUCCCCUGCAUAAGAAACUGAUAGAUCAGUUCCAGAUGAUGCGAUCCAGCCUGUACCACGAGUUACCUGGUUUGGAUAAGCUGAGCCCGGCCUGUUCUGGCUCCAGCACCCCCCGCAGCAACGUGCUGGUGUCCCACGGCCCCAUGAGCCCAGAGAGCAUGAAGCUGGUGCAUCGACACAGCCCACUGAACAUGCUUGGUUCAGUCCGACACUCCUCAUCGUCUCUGUCAUCGCACACCUCCAGUGAAACAGGAAACCUGGUUAUCCUGACAGACAGUUCUGUGGGGGAGACUGCUGAGGAUAUGUACCACAUGCAGGCUAGUCCUUCCACCUCCAGCCUGAGCUCCACUCACUCGGCACCAUCCCAGAUGAUUAACUCUGCCCCUUCCAGUGCUCGAGCGCUGGUGAAAGGUGCUGGAUUGACACCACUGGAGGCUGAAGCCCUCUAUUUACCCACAGAGCAGAUACAGCAUGGGAGGCAGCUGUGCAAGUUCCCCCACGCUGCCCCCACCCAUGUGCCUCAUCUCUGUCCUGGAGGGACCACCUCUAGAGGCUCUCCCUCUCUACCAGAUAAGUACCGCCACUCUCGGGAGAUGAUGAUGUUGCUGCCAGCGCACCGGGACCGACCGAGCAGCGCCAUGUAUCCCGCAGCUAUCAUGGAAAACGGACAGCCUCCAAAUUUCCAGCGCGCCUUGAUCCAGCAAAUGAUUGGACCAUGCAAACCUUGCAGUGAUCCCAACCUGUCAGUGGCUGAGAAAGCUGUGCCAGCAGCACCCAGUAGCUGGAGCCUGGACAGUGGAAGCCGAGAGGCGCUGCCAUUCCUGUCUGCCCAUGCUGGGAGCAUCCUGGCCCCACCAGUGCCUCCCCGAAGCCUUCCCCAUGGACACUACUCACUGCACUUUGAUGCCUUCCACCACCAGCUCAGUGAUGCUCCCCCGGCACUGCCUGCACGAACGUUGCGCAAGUCCCCUCUUCAUCCUAUCCCUGCAUCGCCCACCAGUCCGCAGUCUGGUCUAGAUGGCAGUAACUCCACUUUAUCCGGCAGUGCCAGCAGUGGUGUCUCUUCCUUGAGCGAGAGCAAUUUUGGACAUUCUUCUGAACCACCUCCUCGCACAGACACCAUGGAUUCUGUGCCCAGCCAGGCCUGGAACACUGAUGAAGAUCUAGAGACACCCUACCUCCCGGUCAGGUACAGUCUCUCUGAGCCUGAUGUCCUGGAGUCGCUCAAAUCCCAGCCAUGCCGAAGCCACUCUGCUCCAUCUGGAGUCAUUCCUCAGGACACCAUGGACCCUCCUGCUUUACCCCCCAAACCUUACCACUCCCGGCUGCCAAACAUGGAGAACGAGGAGGGGAUGAUAAUUGAAGAUGAUGACAAACACCGCCCGUUGCAUCGUAAGGUGUCCCAACCAGUGAGUGGUGGAAAGGAAGAGCAGGCCAGGGUGGCAUGGGAGCACGGCAUCAGCGAGCAGUAGGGACAGCUCCUGGUACGCAGCUGGCAUUGGCAUUCCAGGCCUGGAUAGACAGAGAGAGAGCAGGACUCGGAGAACAGCAAACUGAUUUUCUACUGCCGCAAGGUUGUGUCUGAAGCCCAAAAAAGCAAUUGGGCCAGCAUGGCAGGUUGCUGCUUUCCUUUUUAAUUUCUUUUUACACCUUUCUGUUAUGUUUUUUAACUUUCUGUGCAGUGGACAGUUUAUUCCUUCUGCAGUUUCUUAACCACAUCAUACGGCAUAUGAGCCAUAGAGACUUGCAGAAGCUGAAAAAUACAAUUUUAAGUGGAGGGGAAAAUGGGGGGAAUGUGGCAAGUUGAUUUUGAACCUGCUUUCCUCCCAGUUCUGAGACGCACAUGAGUAAAAGCAGUUGCACUAGGAACAUAUUUCUUUGCUGUACAGAAUUGAAAGCUCAUUGCUGAAAUCAGGGAUUCUAUGAACUGUCAGGCUGGAAGGUGCAUGAGCUGCAGGCAGUGGAAAGAUGGCAAUUCUAAGAAGAAAUUGGCUCUUUUGAGAGCAGGAUUGUACAUAUCUGUGCAGUGAUCUCCCUGCAUUGGUUCAUAGGUGCUGAGGCAAUCUAAGCAGUGCUGAUGCACUGAUCUCCAAGAUAUCAUUUCCAACAAACUCUGCCUCCUUUGUUUUUUAUGUACUGUUUAAUUUCUUAAAUUUUGCUUUCACUGGCUAAGCCAACCUGCUUUCUCAUGGGAAUUGUGUUAUUCAUCUGUGCUACAGAAUGAGAGGAGGUUGGUGGCUACUGGAGCUACAACCUCAUUGUAGGCCUUUCCCAUGCCCAGCUUUGGGCAGGCUGUUGACACCAGCAUUUCUAUUCCAGAUUGAAACAAAACCAACCAAAUUGAGUUUCUCAUGCCACAAGCUGGUUGAUGACCCAGCCAGUAAAGAAAAGGUGGCUUAAAUGCAUCAUAUCCAACAAUCCUUGCCUCAGGGCUGAACAUCAUAAUUCUCACCAACUUCCAUCACCCAGGAGCUGAGAUUCAUUCCUGUUAAGUCAGUAUCCUCAGUCCCUCCCAACAACUCACUGCAGCUGGUGUGCAGAAAGAAUCUCCCAUCUCUCAGAGCAGACAGGAAACACCAAGACUCGAGCAAUGCCCGGUAUCAAGUGUACACCCCAGAGUCAGGGACCUUAAAGGCAACCUGUAAAGAACAAGUGUUUUUUUCCUCUUUUGCUUCUUUAGAAUGUGUAGUAAGAGCUGCUGCUUCUCUGUUGAAGGUUGAUUUCUUUUUCCUUUUCUCCUCAGGCAGCAAUACAGCCUUUCCCCAUCCCAUGACUUAUUGAUAAGCUCUAGAAAGGGCUGAAGAACACUAAGGGGGGACACCAAGCUGCACCACACAAACCAGAACUGUGCAGAGCUGAAGACAGUACAGGUCUAUGAACACAAAACAUGCCUUUUAAUCAGUACUUGCACAGUUCAGGAGAAAAAAAAAUCUGUGGGUAAUAUUGUUCUUUACAAAGAAAAGAUCUUGGUUCUAGGAAACCUAUUAUUGCUGUUUUCAUACUUUUCAAGAAAAUUUCAAUUUAAAAAUAGUAUCAAAUAUUUAAUGUUUUUAGAUGAACUUAGAUGAACAAGCCACCUUCCUUUCCCUUGCCACACCCACACCCAUUUUAGCCUUCCUUAUAAUCCUUUCACCUGCAGACUGCAAAGCACACUCCAUAGGAUGGAAACAACCCUCCCUCUUUCCUACCACUGACAAAUCUGAAGCACAUUCAAAUAAAACCUCCACCAUAUAAAUUAGUGCCAGAAACAGGAACAGCACUCAACUUACUUCUUGAAUUCUUGCCUAACUGCUCUGUUUCUCCUGCUAAAAACAGCAUAAAGAAGCAAAAAAGGAUUAUAAUUUUUUUACAGGUCACCUUUAGCACUACCUCUAAAUACAGUGACUGGGCAGAGUACAUGGUUUCUGAACUAGCUAAAGAUGGUCUGGCUGUAUAAAUCUGGACUCAGCAGUUGUAUGAAGGGGACUUUAAGAGGAUUUGUUUGUUUUCUUUCUCAAGCUCUAGCCCAUGCAAAACUACUAAGUUAUGGAUUUGUUUCUUAAAUGGCCUAUUUGGCUGGAACAAAGUCUCUCUUGCUUCCUCUAUUUUGUUACUAACACAGGCUGCUUGUAAUCAUUAUAUCCUUCACAAUUUAAACAAUGAUAAUAAAAUCUGGCCUAUGGUGGAUGUUUCAUCUUUAGCAGGAAGGAGAGUUUUCCAAUGCUAGGACAGUCUUCAGUGUUAACAAAUCAAGCUGCAUCUCUGGUAUAUAACAAAUGUAGGAAAACAACUGAUGUUUUCAGUAAAGGUAAGUCAAGGUAAUUCCUUAGAAAAGGGUGAAAUGUUUUCACAUAUGCUAUCCUCCAAUCCUGCUAAGACUCCUCCAGUGAAGUUCUUAAAAGAACUAAGUUAUAAUUCCAUCUCCUUUGCCCCAGUUUUUUGGUUUUUUUUUCCUGGCAGCAAGACUGAAAGUAGGAAAUGUAGUGACUUACCGAGCUUCCUUAAUGUGAAAAACCAGCAGGUCUUGCAAAUAAAACUUUGCAGAACCAAGAAUGCAAUUACCAUGGGACUGAGUCCCAGUCAGCUGGAAAACCUGCCCACCAGAGCUCUAAUCUGAAAAUGCAUCAUCCUGCUCUGGUUAGAGACCUGGUGCAACAGCAGUGAGUCCAUUUGGGGAGUCUGGCAUUCCUAUGUAUUUGCAAGGGUUCGAAGAUCAAUCAGGUGAUGUAUACAAAUACCUAAUAUAUUGCAGGUCCACAUUAAAGAAGGGUGGAAUAAAUUGCUGAAUUUACCAAAUUUGAGCCUCUCUGGAGUUAAAUUUCUGUUAUUGUUCUGAUAUCUACCAAGUAUUCUGCCUCCCUUUCAGUGUUUGCCUUAAAGGGAGCAGAAGAUAGAAAGACUAUUAUUAAGAUUUUGUGAAUCUUGGAACUCAUAUUGCCUGGAACUACUAUUUCUCUGUAGGGUGAGGUGUCUUUUAGCAUAGUAUAACUCCAUCGUCAAGCUCAGUCCUGGAGUAGGUGGAAGCAACAGCAGUUGUUGCACUUGCCCAACAGGAUUUGAAGAUUCCUUGUAUAAACCACAGCAACGGGAUGUGUUGAACAGGACCUUGACAUUCUAUACCUAACUCUAAUUCAAACCUCAGUGUACUUGCCUUCAUUGGGUUUUCUUUGCAUAACAAAAUAGCAUGUGCAUUCCAGAGAAAAAUUGGUGGAAUUCUGUUAUAAAUCUCUCCAUCGUCAGUGUACCUGCUGGCCCCAUCUGAAACAAAACUGAGAAGGAGCUACAGUGCUAGAAGAAAAGCAUUUAAAACAAUUUCUCUGAAUCCUACUUUUUUUUUUCCCCCCCAGUAGCUGGGUUGGUUUUAUUGCUGUAUGCAAGGUUCAGAUCCUUUUUUGUAUUUUCCUCUGUUUGAUUUUUAGCUUACUUGCCCUUUUUUAGGUAAGGGAUACUGCAUAUCCCUUCUGUGGGAGUAUCAGCCAAAACUGGGGAGGCUGGAGAGAGCAAGAGCCUUUGGGAAACAAAUUAUGUGGUAUUUAAAAUUUCCUCUGGUCAUGCUUCUUUGUAAAUACCCCCAUUUGAAUGCUGUGUAUUUGUACAGGAAAUUGAGCAAAAAAUGUAUAGAUUGUGAUGUCUGACUGGUAUUCUGCCCUGUAAAUGUGUUUUUAACCUCUGGCAUUCUGUGCUUAUUUAAAAAAAAAAAAAAAAAAAAAGGCAAAAACCUCUAACCACUUCUCUUUUGUGUAUUCAUGUUUAAAAUAAAAUGAAAACAGCUAUCUUAUCUAUAAUGGAAAUCAAAUUCAAAAGGAAAAAAUUAAUUUGUACAAGUGUCCUAAAGGUACUUCAUUGUAUAUAUUGUGAUAGCAUGUUUCCAGAACCAACAAAUAAGUGGUGUGAAUUUUAGAUGUAAAUAUCUGCCGUUUGUUUUGGGUUCCUUUCCCUUACCCAUUCACUCGACUGCUGUGAUGUGGAAUUAAAGAUUAAUACCUGA